AUGACAACCUUUGAUUUUGAAUCCUUCAUCGUUCAGCACGACGAGAACUCCGAUCCACGAAUGUUCGUUCUGUCGCCGCCCAAUCCCAUGACGGAUCCAUCAGAAGCCAGUCAAUUUAUCAAGAAUCAUCGCCAUGAGCUUGAUCAGGCGAUGAAGGAUCAUGGUGCAAUCUUGUUUCGUGGAUUCCCCCUGCAAGAAGCUAAGGAUUUUGAUUCGUUUGUCUGUUCUUGGGAAGAUUGGCAAGAUUUGAGCUAUGAAAAGAGCAUGUCGUUUGCUGUGAGACACAAACUAAGCAAUCGCAUUUGCACGACCAAUGAAGGCAAAUCAGGUGGUCUUGUCUUUCACCAUGAACAAGCACAAACUCCCUUGUGGCCCAGUCAUGUUUUCUUUUGCUGUCUAUUGCCAGCCCAACCUGGUGAUGGUGGUGCCACUGGGAUCGUUUCCAGCGAUUUGGUAUACGAAGAACUCAAGAAACUCCAUCCAAAGUUCAUGCAGAAUUGCGAAGAAUAUGGUGUUCGAUACACGAUCUAUGCCAGUCCUGAACAAGAUGCUAGCAAGGGGGCUGGCCGAUCCUGGAAGUCCUUUUUCCUUGUGUCCACGAAGGAAGAAUGCGAAGUCAAACUCAAGGCUGGUGGUUGGGACUGGGAAUGGGGAGUGGGUCCGAGCCCAGGGACGCCCGUAGGUCCUGAUUUUCUAAAAUGUACGACUCCGGUCUUGGAUGCCGUCAAAGUGGCCCCGGGAACUUCCAAGAAAUGUUUUUUCAAUCAGUUGAUUGCCACUACUGCCAAUGCUUUGGAAUUCUCCAAGGUUGGUCAGUCGGGUGGUGGAUACGACCCACUGAAAGAUGUUCCCACGCAGGAGGGAAUCGAUGCCUGCGUUUGUUUUGGCAAUGGAGGAAUGAUUCCGCUCGAUGUCUUGAUGGAAGCGAAAGCAAUUUGCGAAGAACAUGCUUUGGAAAUUUGUUGGCAAAAAGGGGAUGUGGCUCUGAUCAGCAACUAUCUCAUGAUGCAUGCCAGAAGACCAUGGAGUGGUCCUGUUGGUACUCGGAAGCUCUUGGCAUCAUUGGUUGCAGAAAAGACUUGUACUAGCUUUGGUAAACCAUUGGUAGUCUAA